CACAACCCAACCCCAUAACCAACAACAACCAUGUCCGCCCCCCAAUUCUGGCUCUACGCCCAAUCCCGCCUCAAAGACCCGACCAUCAAAGACGAAGCCUUCCGCCAAUGGUACCAAGACUACCACGUCCCGGACGUCCUCCAAACCGGCUCCGUCUCGCGCGGAGCAUUCUACCAAGCCAUCAGCCCGAAUAAACCGUAUCGCUGGCUCGCCGCCUACCAAUGUGACGAUUUGGAUUUCAUGCAGCCGGAGAACUUUGCGAGGAUUCCCAAGACACAUACCCUUCUCGGAACGACGAAGUCGUGUUUGGAGGUGGCGGAUUUUGACACGAGGUUGUUUCAACAGAGUUUUGUGUUGAGGAAUGGGGAGGAUGGGGGGUUGGGGCGCGAUCGGUAUCUAUUGACUUGUUCGUUUCAUUGUGGGAGUGGUGAUUUUAAGCAGCUGGAGAAGCAGUGUGUGGAGGGGGAUCUGCUUCAUGCGAUUCCUGGGUCGCGGUGGUUGAAGAUCUCGAGGCCGUUGGAGGAUGAGGAUACGUAUCUUGGGUCGAUGAUUGUGCAGGCGCUAGGGGAUGUGGAUAAGGAGGAUCUGGGACGGUUGGAGGAAGAUUGGCGGUCGUAUUUGGCGGACACGUUGGGGUUGCAGAGGCAGUUCUUGUAGCCGCAUUGGUGGGAGCUGUUGAAGAGUCAGGAUAAAAUGUAGCUGGAAUGACUGAUACGAUGUUUUCGCACUCCAAGUGCGAUAACUAGAUUGGGCCCUUAUUUGCAGCGAUAGUAACAAUUCUAGACUUGUUCGAAAUCAAGUAUCUCGCCACUGCGAACUAUCUGUUAGGCCGUCCAGACGGUCUAUCACUGCAUCCUUGCACCUUCUGGCCCAGCGGCAUUCCUAUGCACCAUUGCAGCCGGCUUCUGAGCA